AUGGCGAAUCAGAUAUCGCUUUUGACCUAUUUGCAAAAUGCCUUGCCCGCAAUUCCAACAAAUGCGCCCCCGGUUCCAGGGCCCAACACCACCAAUGGUGCAUACAACGCAAACGAUAUCCAAACCACAGCAGUCUGGAAUGGUUUCAACUUGAAUAUCCUUCUUCCAGCAUUCCAGAAUCUCUUAGCUCAAGUGCACCUUAUGCCAGACCCUAUGCCAGCAUCCCCACCACGUCCCAUCACGGCAGAGAAUGCCCUCAGAAGUAAAGUUUCUGAAUACGUCUUUCCCAGACUGAACGGUCUAACUCCUGUCUCGUUGGAUGUUGGAGAGAGCGCGGAAAUCAUUGACGGCUUCAAGCCGGACACCGCUUAUUUUGAAGUGGCACUGCCAGCGGGCACUGGUCCCAACCGCGCUCCAGGGGAUAUUAAGCCAUCCUGGAAAUGGAAUACGCCGAUGGCCACCAAUUUAAUCCCAGGAGUUCGCAAGGAGUAUCGCCAAGCACUCAGCCAGGUCAACUGGUACAUGAAGCAGCACAAGGCUCGAUAUGGUUUCCUUCUUACGGAUGUUGAAUUAGUCGUGUUCCGACGCCUGGACGACAAUGGCAACCUCGAGCUUGCUCCAGCAAUCCCCUUCACGGCUGGUGGCACACCAACACAGCCUCAGUUGACGGUAAUUUUUGCACUCUGGUGCCUCGGAAUGAUGGCUGCACAUGAUGGGCCCGGUGGAUGGGAGAUGUGAUGUGGCACUGGCUCUGAGCCAUUAUAUGGGCUGAUUUUAUGCAGUACUGUUCCAGUUUGAGCUCUGAUUUGCUGUCAGAUAAAAGA